UCCCUCCCCCUUCUUCCUCUUCCUCUCAUCUCAUACCCCUCUCUCUCUCUCUCUCUACUGCUACUUAGCUAGACAUACAUGGCGCAAGAAGACGUGGGGCUAGCUCUGGGCCUCUCCCUUGGCUCCGGCGCCCAUGAUGUCCUGCUCAGAGAACCGCCUCAGGCGACAUGCACGCUUGAGCCGUCCCUGACUCUGAGCCUCCCGGCUGACAGCGGCCUGACGACGCCAGUAAUUAUGCCGGCGGCGGCAGUGAAGAGGGAGCUGCGGGAGGAGGAGGAGGAGGAGGAGGAGGCGCUUUACAAUUACUCGGUGGCGUCGUCGUCAGCGGUGGCGGCGGAGGAGGAGGAGGGCUGCAACAGCCGGAAGAAGCUGCGGCUGACAAAGGAGCAGUCGGCGCUGCUGGAAGAUCGCUUCAAGGAGCAUAGCACUCUCAAUCCUAAGCAAAAGGUUUGUUUGGCGAAGCAGCUCAAUCUGAGGCCCAGGCAAGUGGAGGUGUGGUUCCAAAACAGAAGAGCCAGGACGAAGCUGAAGCAGACGGAGGUGGACUGCGAGCUUCUGAAGCGCUGCUGCGAGACGCUGACGGAGGAGAACCGCCGCCUCCACCGCGAGCUCCAGCAGCUCCGGGCGCUCACCCACCCCUUCUUCAUCCCCGCCGCCACGCUCUCCAUCUGCCCCUCCUGCGACCGCCUCGCCGCCGGACCUUCCCCCACCACCGCCGUCGACCGCCCCAACAACAACAAGGCCGCCGGCUUCUUCAACCCUUUCGCCAAAUCCGCCGCCUGCUAGCUCGCUCCGAUCAUCCAUAUAUCCAUGCUUCCACGUACGAUCGAGCCAGUUAAUGAUGAUUUGUUAGUUAAUUAAGUAGAAUGAAAGAUGAAUUAAUCAGCGUGUGCAUAUUAUUUGCAUAUAUAUAUGAUGCAUACAUCUAGUACAUAGUUAUACUUAAUUAGGUCGGUCAGGCUCUCAAUCAUGUUCAGUAUCCCCUCUACUUUAAUUAGUUAGCUUCAUUUUUUCACAAGUUAAUUAAUGUGUGAGGAGGAUGGAUUGAGCCGCAUGUACAAGGAAAAAAAAUUAAUUAAGGUUUGUUGGUUGCAUCUAGCUAGC